AUGGAUAACACAACGCCACAACAGAUAUUCUCCCUUCGUAGCCAUGAGAAUUCCAUAUCGAAUAUCGAAGAGGUAUUCUUGUGGAACAAACAUUGCUUAAUCUCGUCAGACACAAAGGGCUGGAUCAUUAUAUGGAAUAUCAAUGCUAAAAGACCAAUCCGAAAAUGGCAGGCUCAUGAUGAAACGAUAUUAACUCUUACUCUCAUAUCUACGAAUACUUUGCUCACUCAUGGUCGUGAUGCUUCUUUGAAAAUAUGGGAUAUUUCUGUAGAGCAUGCAGAAAGUAGUCCUCCAGAGCUAUUUUUUUUGCCAAUAAAUACUUUGAACUUCUGUAACGUUCAAUACUUCAACGAUUUCUUGAUAACACCAGCAUCAGUGGAUUCGAAUAACUUCGAUAUAUACAAGAUAACCAAUCCUGAGUACGAGUUCAAGAGAGUUCUAGCAAACUUCAGUCCAUUCGAUCUAUACUCCAAGAAUAAAACUGAGAUCAAUAGCCCUAAUGAACAGGGAAGAAACGACUUUGGAAUCAUCAUGAAGUUGGUCUAUGUCGAACACUCAAAUCAAUUAUUCCUAGGAUUUGAAUCUGGCCAGAUUAUUGGAUUGAACAUCAACUUGAAUCCAGACGCAACGUUGGUAGAUAAAACAACUGAAGCUUAUUCAAAAAAGACACCUUCAAAAUAUGGAGGAUUAUCAAGCUUGAUAGAUAAAACCAGCAGUCGAACUUUGAUAAACAAAGAACCACGAGUAAAUCUAAUAUAUUCAGACUCUUCACACAUUCCAAACCCAAUAACUUCAUUAGUACACCUCAAGGAUAAUAUUUUGAUAUCUGGAUCUACAAACAAGCAGGUAAUUGUGCACCACUACCAGAUGCACUCAAUCGAUUCCUCUGAUGCACAUUUAGACGUUAAGAAAGUGGCUCAUUCGGGGAUUCAAUCGAUUGUAGCCGAUGAAAAGACUGAUACAAUUUUCAUUGGCCACUGGAACGGAGUGAUUGAAGGUGUAGACUACAAAAGCAACAAGAAAAAAUUGGACUCUCAAUUUGAAUUGAAGAGGGAUUUACCUCAUCUCAUUACAACGAGCACCAACUCAUCUGGUGGAGAUACUAAUACCAUUGCGAAAGAAGCAGUGAAGUUAACAUCUUUGGCUCUACUGAUAGAGAGAGAAAACACGCAAGUUACCACCACCAAGAAGAAGAGCUACAAAGAUCUAGUUAAAGCUAGAAGCGCGUACAUUGGUAAUGACAAUAGACUUCUUUUUGCUGGUUAUGAGGAUGGGGCCGUAGUGGCAUAUAGAUUAUAG